CGCCCCGCCCCAUCGCCCGCGCCCAACUGGGUGCGCUCUGCGUCCCCGCCUCCCCCCCAAACUCCCACCCCUUGUGCCCUUAGGGGGACACCCCCACUGGGACUUGAGAGUGGUCAGCCUUGCCCGGGUCGCGCAGAGGCGAAGAGGUGACGGUAAUCGCCUUCCCAUUUCCGCCCGGCAAGCAGCGCUGGGGGGUGAGUGCCAGCAGAGAGGCGCUCGGUCCUCCCUCCACCCGCCCGCUCCGGGGGCCGGGCCUGCCUAGCCGGCGCCUUUUUCCCCCGCACCGCGGCGCCGCUCCGCCACUCGGGCACCUCAGGUAGGGCAGGAGGCUGGAGCGCCUGCUGCCCGCCUGCCCAUAAGAUGGUCACCUCGGCUGGACAGCUCGCCCUGCUCGCGCUGGGUAUCGUGCUGGCCGUGUGCCAAGCCCUGGAGAACAGCACGUCCCCUCUGAGUGACCCACCUGUGGCCGCAGCAGUGCUGUCUCAUUUUAAUGAGUGCCCAGAUUCCCACACUCAGUUCUGCUUCCAUGGAACCUGCAGGUUUGUGGUGCAGGAGGACAAGCCAGCAUGUGUCUGUCAUUCCGGAUAUAUUGGUGCACGUUGUGAGCAUGCAGACCUCCUGGCCGUGGUGGCCGCCAGCCAGAAGAAGCAGGCCAUCACCGCCUUGGUGGUGGUGUCCCUCGUGGCCUUGGCCAUCCUCAUCAUCACGUGUGUGCUGAUACACUGCUGCCAGGUCCGAAAACACUGUGAGUGGUGUCGGGCUCUGGUCUGCCGGCAUGAGAAGCCCAGUGCCCUCCUGAAGGGAAGGACUGCUUGCUGCCACUCCGAGACAGUGGUCUGAAAAGCUCGGAGGAGGGAUUCGGCUGAGUGGGUUGCAGCAGCCCGUGAGGAAAGACCUGUCGUGGACAGCACCACGAGGGAUGCCGGGGACGUGCCAGCAGGCCUUUCCUGUGUUGCCUGCAAUCACCCGCACAGCCUUCUUGUCUUUUGUGGGCCUUCAAAACUGUCAAGAACUCUCGUCUGCUUGGGGUUAUUCGGUGCGACCUAAAGAAGAAAUCAGUGGACCACAAUUUAAGGACUGGUCAGACAAGAACCGCAAUGGGGUGGGCUCCUGUCUGCCUACGUACGAAAGGUCUGUGUGUCAGUGGGUGUCUGAGUCCAGGCGUGUGCUGUCAGCUGUGGAUCCAGGCUGCCCUUCGUUCUAAUGGGCCCACCUCCCCACUACAGACUCCUGCCUAACACCAGGGAGCCCUAUCGUUGUUGCAGUUUUCUCUCAUCUGCUUAUUGGGGAAGAAGUGGGAAAAGAAAUGGAAUGGAAUGAAAACUGAAUUGUGGAAUAAAAACACUGAAUUGAAGAGGAGCUGCACCCUCUGACCACGAGACCCUUGACCAGCCCAACAUCUUCCACAGACACACAAUGUUGAAGACCUUCCCAAGCUGUCGCCACCCUUGGAAAUAAUUUCUUAUUUAUUAGAUGAAUAAUGGAUUUAUUUUUAAUCUCUUAGUCAGUGUAAAAAGCAUAAGCCCCUUCAGACUUCUGUAUUAGUGAUAUAUGUAUUGCUGGCUCAAAAGUUAUACUAAUUAGAAAUGGUGGCUUAGGCAUGGGGAAAGCCUCCUGGGGGUGCAAAGACGUAACCAGAGGGGGGUUGCUGAUAGGAGCAAAACGGGUUCAGAGUUCGUGCCACGUAAGACACAAAGCAGGUAAAUACGCUGGAUACGUUCUAGGAGAAAGGGUAGCAAAUGUGGCAGCAGGGGUCUGUCCCCUCUGUUGGGGGAGAGAGGAAGGGAGUGCCUCUGUGUGUGGCUACACAGAAUUUGCACAAUACAUACGACACUGCUCAGCGAUGAAACAGAUGAACUCCCCUGUGAGCCCUCCAAGAGUGUGUCCAGAAUCAGAGCAUUCGCAGUGAACCGUGGGCAUUGUAGGCCCAGUCCAUGAAAUCAAGGCCAGUCUUUAUUCCUCGUGUUGUCGCUUGGUUGGUUUAUUGCUUUGUUUUCCAAAGGAAAAAUGAACUUUCCUAUUUAUUUUCAAACAUUAGGAGAAAUAGUUUAGUGACUUUUUUUUUUUUUUCCUUUUCCAAUGAGGAUGAUGGUGUUAACAAAACCUCUUAACAAGCCACCUUCACCGUAUGUGUCUGUCUCACUUUGCCCCAGAAGGAGAGACUGGUUUAAGCAUCUGGGAAUGUUCUGACCCACUGGGUCUGCCUGACCCACCUACCCGAAGCAGUGGUACCUUCAGGUCUACAGCAGACAGCUCCUCCCAAGGAAUUUUCAUUAAAAUUUGGAAACAGAACAACAAUGAAAUAAUAUAUAAACCCCUUCUGUGAGGAAAGUAUUUACCAAUAUUUAAAAAGUGAAAGAUUUCCAUCUAUUAACCCUUCAGUGCAUCUAACUUAUCAUAUCAGGAAAGGGGCAUUUAAAAUAUGAAGUGGGCUGGAAAAAAUGUAAAAAUAAAUAAGUAAAUGGAAAAAAAAAAAACUUAAAAAAAAUUUUUUAAAGAGAAAAUGUCCUCCCCCUAAUUCUUCUUCCCUGACCUGUUUCUAUGGAUUGGCUUUUGACUUUUUUUUACACUUGAGGUAAUUAUCUGGCCCGUGUCUUCACUUCAACACUCAUUUAAUAAUCCACACCUGAAGCACUGAAGACAGAAACAGGAUCUGUUGACAAUUGGUCCCGAAACAAUGUAGUUGCCACAGGUCCAGGAUUUUAAUUUAAUUUAAUUUAGAUUUAAUUAAAGAAAAUAGGUUCAGGUCACACUCCUUGGGCCAGUCCUACAGCAGCAUAAAUGUAAACUAAAGCUUGAGUGUCACUUUCUGCUCAGAGGCCAAAGGACACUGGUUUUUAAACCCCAGUUUCCACUCACUAGACCCUCCUAAAAGUCUGAGAUUUGGAUCUAGAGAGACUAAUGCAAGUGGAUUAGUGUCACUUGUCUUUAACUUGAGUUGACAUUUUUUACUUUACGACAAUCUUUCUCAGCCUGUUAGAGACUCUAGGUCUGGUUGCCUUUAAAGAUGUGAUGUGAAAGUAGGUCUUGGGGUUCUCUCUGCCCAAUAGAUAGAAAGAUCCAUGUCCAGCCUAAAGACAGCAUCAAUAAUUGACACUGAUGAGACUUGGCAGUGUGUGAGAAGAUGAGGAUGGACAGAGAGUGGAAGCAGAGAUUCCCUAGAAGGACUUUAGAUAGACUGAGAGUCUGUGGAUGCUCUGAUUCCCAGGUCUAGCCAGUCAGAGCUGCUGAAACCCCCUUCUCUGUGUCUGGACACCCACACAGCCAAUGAGCUUGAAUGUAUGCCUCCCUAGAAGUGCCUUCCAAGUCAGUCCUUUGUAAACCAGCAGGUCUGAAAAGAUUGGAAGCAGAGGCUGGGCAAGGCAGGCCCGGUUGAACUAGUGUCCAUGCCCUAGGAUAUGGUAACCUUGCUUCUUUGGUGAUUUCUCUUUCAGAAGCCCAAUGACCAAUAAGCAUUGGAUUCCUCUACCAUUUCACAGCACAAGUAGUUCUUUGGUUCGCUAUAAAAAUACCCUCUUUUCAGUUUAAAAAUGCAUCUUCUAAUUCAUCUCUGCAAGCUCCCUGUGUUUCCCUGCCCUGUAAGAGUCGAGUGUUCAUUCCCAUUAGGGAAUCAUCCCUAAUGCAGGCCUGACCUGCGAAGCAGCCACAGCCUGGCAGUGGGGAACAUGGCUGUUCCCAGUGACUCAGGAGACCAUGAAAGCCCCCAUGAAAAACAACACAGUUUUUAAAAUGCCUUCAGAUGUUUUAUGGAGCCUGAAUUUCCCCACUGCUCUCCAGCCUGUGGCUUUUUUAAGCGUACUGGCAGGAAAUGUUUUCUUCUACAUGGAAAGCUAUACAGCAGCCAGCCCUGAUCUGGAAGACGGAGCCACAUGUGGACACACACAGAACCACACAAGGGAUGAGUUUGGCUUUGUGUCCCAGCAGAGCAAGUAGGUUGAAUGACCCUGAGUCCUUUCUCCUGAGAAAGGAGAAGGAGGUGGGCUGGACACUCACUUCUUCAUAUUGGUCAGGGAGGAGAAUGUGUGGUCCUGGAGCUUCUUGAGAGAUUGUCCUUUGUGGGUGUACAAAACUGCCUGACAUCUUCAAGUCAGGUCUUUCAGGCCACUGAUUGCCUUUCCAGGCAAUAUGACAAAGAUGGACCAACAAGGCUCUAACACUUCUCAGGAGACCCUACUCCCAAUAGGUUCUGGGCUUUGAUCUCUCCCAACCUACCCAGCCAAGAAGAGUAGAAUGAUUCCGAAGUACAGAGGCCACAGAUGGCAUAGUAGUUGAGGUGCUGGACUCCCACAUGGCCUGACCAUGGUUCAAGUCCUGGACCUGGCAGUUUAAACAUCACAACAAACAAGUAGAUAAAUAAAUGUUAAAAAAUAAUAAUAAUACAAUUAAAAAGUCCAGGGUCAAGGAGACAUUACAGAAACAAGACAAACACACAUGUUUGUAGUGUUCUAACAUAAGACCUAUUAGUCUCUCUAGCCUUUGAUUUGAUCAGGCAUUCUGAAAGAUCUAAUGGUAUACUCAAAUGCACUCACACACAACAGACACACACAGAACCAUAAAGCAACCCCUCUUCCUAGUGUAAUAACUUAUAAAUGUUCAUUAUCUUUAUUAUAACAAACCUGAUGCUUUUUUUAGAACCCGUUACUCUGACUUCUGUAUAUGUUGCACUGAAAAGGUUAAUAUUUAAUGUUUUAAUUUA